AUGAGGAAUGUGUGUCGUUUCUUUCUUGAGGGGAAGUGCAAGUAUGGGGCGAAGUGCAAGUACGAGCAUGUCCAAUACAGUGGCUUGGUUGAUCCGCCUCAGUGGAUAUAUUCGUGUUAUGGGGGCCUAGACAUGACGGAGAUAUCGCCUGAGGAAGCCAGAUUUGCGUUGAUGUGUGGGGACAUGAAGGAAACGCUUGACAACUUUUGGAUAGGCAAUUAUAUGGUGCUGUGCUCGGAGAUGGAUUUUCUUGAGGCGGAAGCCAGGGUUGAAUCGCUAACGAAUAGAUAUGUCGACAUGCGAAUGAAUCCCGAUGUGUUUAUGGCGCCGUUUGAUGUGGAUAGAGUGCUAGGGAUGAUUGGAAAGAUGCGAGAAGAGAAGAUGCGGAGUGGGCAGAGAAAGCAAGGAGAAGCAAGAAGAGGGGAAGUGAGGUGGACAGGCAAUUCGCCAGCAAUGGGCGGGCUUGGGACGCAUUCUGCAUAUGAUAGAGAGUAUAGAGGAAAGGAGCAGAUGCAUAGCCAGCAGGGGAUUGAAGCAGGAGGAAGCAGUACGUUUAAUAGAAGUGCAAGCAUGUUCAAUAGGAAUGCAAGGUAUGGAGAUAAGGCUGGCAUGAGCAUGCACGAGGAUAAAAGCUCUAGAGGAUUUACGAAGGAACCGUACGUAAGAGGAAAUGAUUAUUUGCAGAAGGAAAUGCCUUGGGGAUAUGGCAAAGGGAUUCCUAAGAAGAAUGUUGGGGGGCAUGAUGAAUUUGAUAUGCAAGAUGUGCCGUCGUCGUUUGGAGGGCGCCAUGGUGAGCAGGAGCACCGGAUGGGAGUGCAUGGCUGGGGAAGCAACGGUGCGACACAUGGAGGCAUGCAUGUGCAUAAUGGAAAGCAAGAUGAUUCUGAGUUUAUUGAGGAGGACUUUGAGUAUGGAAAAGUGCCUUACAGUUAUAGAAGGUCUAGUAAGUAG